AUGGGGGAGAUCCUCUUAUCUCAGACUGUGGUUGGGAUUCUGGGUAAUUUCUCUCUGCUCUACCAUUAUGUAUUCCUUUUCUGCAUGGGGAACAGAAUGAAAAGCACAGACUUGAUUCUUAUGCACUUAAUUGUGGCUAACUUCUUAAAUCUUCUGUGUAGGGGCAUUCCCCAAACCAUGGUGGCUUGGGGCUGGAGAUAUUUCCUCAGUGAUCUGGGGUGCAAACUGGUCUUCUAUCUUCACCGAGUGGGCAGGGGUAUGGCGAUUGCUAGCAUUUGCUCCCUGAGUGUCUUCCAGGCUGUCAGCAUCAGCCCCGGGGACUCCCGGUGUGCAUGGCUGAAGGGGAGAGCCCACAAGCACAUUGUCUCCAUGGUCUACCUCAGCUGGGGGGUCAGCCUCCUGGUGAACAUUGUUUUCCUCAUGUACAUAACUGGAACUAAAACAGAUGACAACAUGACUAUCGUAAAAACCUAUGGAUACUGUUCCUCCAUGCGUAAAAACCCAGCUGCAGAUGUACUGCACAUAACCUUGCUCUCAGUACCUGAUGCUCUGGGUCUGGGCCUCAUGCUCUGGGCCAGCAUCUACAUGCUCUUCGUUCUCUACACACACAAGCAGAGAAUGAAGCACAUCCAGAGGACCAGUGUCUCCUGCAGAGCCUCUCCUGAGUCCAGAGCUACCAAAAACAUCCUCCUCCUCGUGAGUACCUUUGUGUCCUUUUAUACCUGGUCCUGCAUCUGUCAGAUCUACAUGGCUAUGACUUACAACCCCAGCCCUGUGCUGCUACAUAUGGCCGCUUUAGCUAUGGGCUGUUUCCCAGCUGUCAGCCCUUUUCUGCUCAUGAGUGGUCGCUCCACUCCCUACAGCCUGUGCUUCACCUGCAGGAGGAGGAGGAGGAAAAUGGUCCUCCCCUGA